CAAAAUUCACAAACACCUUGACAAAGCUUUCUGUGUCGCAUACAAGUAGCGACAAGAUCAGCUCACCCCGUAUAUCACACCUAGUAACUAGCCUACUCCGCGGCAUGGCGAACAAUGGUCUGAGAGCAGCAGCAGGGAGAGUCCUAAAGAAGAGCUCUAAGCAGGGCAUUGGGGGAAACUCUGGGAUCGAAUUUCUCAAGAGCAAGGGACAGCAUAUUCUAAAGAACCCGCAGGUUGUUCAGUCCAUCGUGGACAAGGCAGGAGUGAAGAGCACAGAUGUGGUGCUGGAGAUAGGUCCUGGUACUGGCAAUCUGACUUUGAAACUCCUGGAGAGAGCAAAAAAGGUCAUUGCAGUUGAAGUAGACCCCAGGAUGGUGCUGGAACUCCAACGCCGAGUGCAGGGCACACAAUUUGCAUCACACCUGCAGAUCAUCCAGGGGGAUGUAAUGAAGCAGGACCUUCCGUUCUUUGAUAUCUGUGUUGCCAACAUUCCAUACCAAAUCUCGUCGCCCCUCACAUUCAAGCUGCUGGCGCAUCGGCCAGCCUUCCGGGCUGCGGUGAUCAUGUUUCAGCACGAGUUUGCCAUGCGAUUGGUUGCACGCCCCGGCGACAGCCUGUUUUGCCGCCUCGCUGUCAACACCCAGCUCUUGGCUUGUGUUUCGCAUCUGCUGAAGGUCGGCCGCAACAACUUCAGGCCGCCGCCAAAGGUGGACAGCAGUGUGGUGCGCAUAGAGCCGCGGCAUCCACCACCGCCAGUGAACUUUCGAGAGUGGGACGGUCUUGUCCGUGUGUGCUUUGGAAGGAAGAACAAGACUCUGGGAGCUAUUUUCAGGCAGAGCAGCACACUGGCACUUCUUGAGGCAAACUACAAGCUGCACCAGGCGCUUGCAAUCGACAAGACUCCUGGCAGUGCUGGAGUUGCGCAACCCAGUGAUGGGAGCAGCUUUGCAGACACCAUGAUGGAGGAAGCAGGCUCUCUUGGGGAUGGAGAUGAAGACGAGGAUGCUGAAAUGGCCGUGGCUGAUCAGCAGCGGACCAAGAAAAACCAAUACAGCGAGGGAUUCAAGGAGCUGGUAAUGGGGAUCCUGCAGCAGAUGGGAUUUGAAGAUCGGCGGAGCGCAAAGAUGACGCUUGACGAUUUUCUUCUCCUCCUUGCAAAGUUUAAUGAGUCUGGUGUGCACUUCAGUUCGUGAUAACCCUGAUAGCUCAUCAGGGAAGGUUUGUAAAACAUGAAAUGUC